GCCAAGCAACGCGCCCCGCGACGCACGUACUUGGUGUCACGGCCCUUAUUAUUUUCUCCGCGCACACGAUACGAGUUUCUUUCGUCCCGACUGAUAAUAUUAUUGUUGUCGUUGUCAUUCGUUCGGGUCGGCAAUAGUCAAAUUAUUUUUUUCGCUGCACGGCACUGCAGCUGCUCCGCCGGGAUUUCAUUGAGAUAAUAUUAUAGUGACCGACGGAAAAUCGAAUUAAAUUAAAUCGCGAUUGUGUUUGUAUAUGUUGUAUGUGUGUGCGUGUGUGUAUGGCUAGGUGUUCGACCGUGUGUUCUCCUCUUGGUUAUUCUUCUCCUUCUUCUUCUUCUUCUUCUUCUUCCGUUUGAAAUUAAGUCGAAUCUGUCUCGUAGAUUUCAGCUGAAUUUCGCAAACAUGGCAACUACUUUAACCGUUGCUGGUAUGUGUUGGGCAACACUUUCAUUAGCAGCAUCAUUCCUAUGCAGUUUUGGAUUCUAUUUGCCAUUUUGGAUACAGGGUCGAUUAAUGGACAAGGCUGACGCGUACUUCAGCUCGUUCCGAAGGUGCAACUACCCCAGACUCAUGUCAGACGGAACGGUGGCGCUCGUAAACGAGUGCGGCCGAUACGCCAAGUUCAACGACAUUCCAAGUGUAUGGUGGCAGAUAAGUACGAUUCUUAUAGGAGGUGCGACUGCAAUCACUGUUAUUGUGGCGGUAUCUGCUGUAUCUGCAUGUUGCGUGACACAUGUUAUCCAAAAGUCGACAGCUAAAGUCGCCGGAUACCUGCAGCUGUUAGCUGCGGCUCUAGUGAGCAGUGGUGGUGCAAUUUAUCCGAUUGGCUGGGACAAUAGAGAAGUGAAAGAGUCCUGUGGGAACAUAUCUGGACCAUAUAAACUAGGAACGUGUCAUCUGUCGUGGUCCGUGUACAUGCUGGGUUCUUCGGUGGCGCUGCUCUUGCUGUGCUUCUACCUGAGCUUCUACUCGUCCCGCGACAGCCCUGGCAGUUCAUUUCGUUCCAUCUGAUGAGUGCACGCUCAGGCCACAGCAGCAUCCUCCUCCGCACCUGACCCAGGAUACGCCGCUGGCCAUUAUUUCUGUCGCACGUGAGACGCACAUCGCCUGCAGCCACCACAACGAAAACGACGACGACGACGAAACGCAAUUCAAACCAACAAUUAUCGCUCAUUGUAAACUCUAAAACAAUAAUAAUAUAUAUUAUAUCGUAUCGUAACCGUCAAAAAUCAUAUUGUAACGGGUAUAGGUACCAUUGUUUUUAUUAUUUUUAAUAUUAUUACUAUUAUCAAUUCAAUAACUGUGACUGUACUUACCGUCGAAACGAAUAUCAAUCAUCGUUUAAUUUUUUGCACAUUUCGCGUCUACGAUAUUACCUAUGUCGUUAUGAUAUUAUUUUGUUCUACUAAAAAUCACUGUGCUGCACUGUAUGUAAACUUAACGAGUUAUUGAAUAAUAAUGUUUUGUAUUUAAUAGUUAAGAUAACAUUAUUCAUUCAACUAAUAUUAGAACGUAGUCUUAAUCGUAAACGAUGUACCUAUGCAUAGCAUAGUAUUAUUUCGAUCAAUUUGUUGUACGGAUGAUGAUAGCAAUUAACAACUGAAAAUAAUAUUAUCAAGGAUGUCAUAAUAUUAUAUUAUUAUGUAUAUUAUUGUUGUGUAAAUAUAUGUUAUUUUAAAUUUAAAUAUUUCAUUUGUAUUUGUAUUUGUAUUUUUUUUUUUUUUUGUGUGAGAUUUUAUAUGUUAAAUGAUAGAUCGCAUUGUUAUUGCAUUGGAUUAUCCAUUUAUGUUUUCCAAAAUUAGAAAAAACUUGAACAUUUUGAGUGAAAAAAAAAAUAGUUAAAUUCACCAUUAAAACGUAUAUAAAAAGGCUACCUGACAAUAUUUUGUUUAUCGGUGUAGUACAGAAAAUAUUAUUGAAAUGUUAUUAUUAUUAUUUAAUUGUUUUACAUGUCUUGUACCAUUUAAUAGAUACUUCACUUUUGUUUGUUUGUUUGUUUACUUGUACAUACAAUUAUACACUUAAUUACAAUGUAUUUAAUUCUGUGACAGUUUAAUAUGCUUAUUCAAAAUAAUUAAAUUAAAAUAAACACUUAAUUUCCAAUGAAAAAUUCAGAUUUGUACAAAUAACAUUUUUUUUUUUUAUUAUUUAAUAUUGUAGUUAUUGACUACUAUAGCUCAUAAAAAUA